CAAAUGGAAAUUUCUGGAGCACAAGGGCCCAGUUUUUGCUCCACCCUAUGAACCACUACCACUGGAUGUGAAGUUUUACUAUGAUGGUAAGCCUUUCCGGCUCAGCCCCCAGGCUGAGGAGGCGGCUGGCUUCUUUGCACACAUGCUGGACCAUGAAUAUACCACCAGGGAUGUCUUCCGGAAUAAUUUCUUCCUAGACUGGAGAAAGGAGAUGACCCUUGAAGAGAAAAACAUGAUUGCCGAUUUGGCCAAGUGCGACUUUACCGAAAUGCAUACAUACUUCAAAGGGAAAUCUGAGGAAAGGAAAAACCGUAGCAAAGAAGAAAAGCUGAAAUUGAAAGAAGAGAAUCAGAAGAUCGUGGAGGAAUAUGGUUACUGCAUCCUGGAUAAUCACAGAGAAAAAAUUGGGAACUUCAAGAUUGAGCCGCCUGGCUUGUUUCGAGGGCGAGGUGACCACCCCAAGCAGGGCAUGUUGAAAAAGAGAAUUGUACCUGAAGAUAUCAUAAUUAACUGCAGCAAAGACUCCAAAAUUCCAGAACCCCCUGCUGGGCACAAAUGGAAGGAGGUCCGUCAUGACAAUACUGUCACCUGGCUGGCAUCGUGGACUGAAAACGUUCAGGGACUGGUAAAAUACAUCAUGCUGAAUGCCAAUUCCAAGUUAAAGGGAGAGAAAGAUUGGGAAAAGUAUGAAGUCGCUAGAAAGCUGAAGAAUCAUGUUGUCAAGAUUAGGAAUACCUAUCGGGAGAACUUUAAAUCCAAAGAGAUGAAGAUACGACAGAGGGCGGUGGCCCUUUACUUUAUAGACAAGCUGGCUCUGAGAGCAGGUAAUGAAAAGGAAGAAGGGGAAACGGCCGACACCGUGGGUUGCUGCUCGCUGAGAGUGGAGCACAUUAAACUUUACCCAGAACUGGAUGGAGAGAAGCAUGUGGUGGAGUUUGACUUCCUGGGUAAAGACUCGAUCCGGUACUACAACAAGGUUCCUGUGGAGAAAAAGGUGUUUAAAAACCUCCAGCUGUUUAUGGACAACAAGCAGGAAGGAGAUGAUCUAUUCGACAGACUGAAUACACCGAUGCUGAACAAACAUCUGCAGUCGCUGAUGGAAGGACUGACAGCCAAGGUUUUCAGGACGUACAACGCCUCGAUCACGCUGCAACAGCAACUUGAGGAACUUACAGAACCGGAAGUGACAGCCCCAGAAAAGAUCCUGUCUUAUAAUCGAGCCAACAGAGCGGUUGCAAUACUUUGCAACCAUCAGCGGGCACCCCCCAAGACUUUUGACCAGUCUAUGGCCAACUUAAAAACCAAGAUUGACGCCAGGAAAGAACAGAUGGCACUGGUCAAGAAGGAGCUGAAGGAAGCCAAAAAGCAAGCUAAAGAAAAUAAUGACGAGAAGCUCAAAAAGCUUAUAGAAAGUAAGAGGAAGGCUCUACAGAGAACGGAGGAGCAAAUCAUGAAACUGGAGGUGCAGGCAACGGACAGAGAGGAGAACAAGCAGAUUGCCCUGGGCACCUCCAAGCUAAACUAUCUGGAUCCCCGUAUCUCAGUGGCCUGGUGCAAGAAAUGGAAUAUUGGCUUAGAGAAGAUCUACAACAAGACACUGCGGGACAAGUUUGCCUGGGCCAUCGAUAUGGCUGAAAGCGAUUUCUAUUUUUAACUCUGGGCUGUUUAUAGAUUUUAAACUGCA